UUCGUAACUGGGCACGCGGAAAAGAGGGUGGAUUCAUCUGCUGUUUGGUCAAUUCGUUAUUGAAUUGUAUAGGCAAGACCUAUCAGGAACGUCGAAGAUCAAAGCGAUGUUGUUCUUUGGAGAUGAAGAAGUCAGUGAUGGCAUGUAUUACAUCGGUUAUCCCCUCAUAUUUUCGGGGAUAUACCUACUGAUAGUGAUGUUCGUCAUCAAAAUAAUAUGGGGGACAACUCGUUACUGCAGGAGCCAGGCACGUCUUUUUGGCAAGACAGUUAUUAUAACAGGUGGCAAUACUGGUAUAGGAAAGGAAACAGCUCUGGACUUGGCUAGGAGAGGUGCUCGUGUCAUACUGGCCUGUCGAAACCUGAAUAAGGCCAAGCUGGCUGCCCAAGACAUCAAAGAUAAAACAGGAAACUACAACGUUGAUUAUCAGUAUUUAGAUCUAUCUGACCUUACUUCCGUUCAAAAAUUUGCAGAGCAUAUAAAUGGAUCAGAACCAAGGCUUGAUGUCCUUAUCAAUAAUGCAGGUAUUGCUUCUGUGCCAGAAAAUGGGUUGACUUUAACAAGCCAGAGGUUUGACCUCAUUUUUGGAACCAAUUAUGUUGGUCAUUUUCUGCUAACCUACCUAUUGAUGGACCUACUGAAGAUAUCCUUCCCAUCACGCAUUAUAAACGUCAGCUCCUUUAUGCAUAAAAUGCAUUGGACUCCUCUCAAUCUGGAUUCUGGGCCAAACAGGGAGGGAAUGCGCUACCCUGACCUUUUUGAUUACAGGUGUAGUAAACUAGCCAACAUAAUGCAUGCUCGGGAACUGGCAAAGAGACUGGCCGGUACAGGUGUGACGGCCAACUCCCUUCACCCAGGUGUAAUCAACUCUGAGAUCUGGGUUCCCAUGGAAUCUAAAUGGUACUGUCUGGUGUUUCGCUUGUGGAAAUUUAUAUUACGAUACCUGUGCUUGGACAACAGAGGCGGUGCUCAAACCAGUAUAUUCCUAGCAGUAGACAAAGGUGUCAUGUCAGUAUCCGGAAAAUACUUCUCUAAAAGUGUUGUUUCUAAUGAAAACAAACUGGCACGGGACGAAGUUGCUUGUGAACGACUUUGGACUGCUAGUCUUGAUAUGUGUGGCUUAUCACAAUGAGGAGUAUUUCUUUUGUUUGUGUUCCUUUUGUUUGUGUCAAUUUGGAUCAGAAUUUUUUACAAAUAUUUGAAAGAUUGUUUUGGGUAUAUGCUCUUACAAAAACAGAAAUUUUGCAAAAAUAGCCUUUAUUAAGGUAUGCUUGUAAAUGUGCAUAGAAUAAAUUGUCCCCUUAAAUCACAGUGAAACCAUACAAGCAGUGGUGGAUCUAGUGGGGUUUAUAGGGCUUCAGGACAGCUAUACCACACUGAGCAUGCUAUUCUUAAACCCCGUGCACUUAUUAUAUAUAUAUAUUUACUUGUUAUACAUGUAUCUUGAACCCUUUUGUCUAUUGAUCAAAUUCUGAUAAGCCAGUUGUAAGUUUCUGCCUUGUACAAUCAUUUGAUAACAAGCAACAGUGGGUUUUCAACAUAUUCAUGUAUACCAGGUUCUAUCUUUUGUAUUAAAAAUGAUUUAAGUACCAUGAUGUUAUUUCACUUGAAUGGAUAUUGAUUUUUUUGUCUCUUUUUUUUGUGCAUUUUUAGGUCACCUGACCAUCUCUCAUGGUGACCUUUAUAAUGCAAUAACAUUUUACAUUUUUGCCUUUUUCUCAAAACCUGCUGGGCCAAAUUUGAUGGUACUUGGUACAAGUGAUCAGCAUGGUAUGGGGAUUUAGAUUUGUUCAACUAAAGGGGCUUAGGAGUCCCUAUAGGGACAAAAAUAGAAAAAAAAGCAACGGUGGGUGUUUCGAAAAUUUUGGUUGUUAUGAUUACUGAGUGGUGGCUUCUGAUUUGUCAAAAUUUAGAUUGAUUAAAAGAAUUAACUAUUAAUAAAACCAACAACUGCUAGUGCUACAUGUAUGUCCCAACAGCAAAUUUCAUA